GCCUCAGCUUUUCAACCCUCUCCCACAAUACAAAGCAUACACAGGAAAUAGAGAUCUCAGAAACCAGAGAGCAGAGAAAGUGAGUGAGAGAGAGAGAGUGGGAGAGAAAGUGAACAACAGCAAUGGCGUCCACUUCGUGCUUCCUCCACCACCAUGCACUCUCUACCCCUACUAGAUCCUCCUCACAGCGCCACGUCUUCAACAUCAAGCCCACCCAGGUCGUCUGCAGGGCCCAAAAGCAGGCCGUCGACGACGAAGCCAAUGUUGCCGUCUCCCGCCGACUGGCUCUUACGGUUCUCAUUGGCGCUGCCGCCGUCGGAACCAAGGUUUCUCCGGCCGAUGCCGCCUACGGUGAAGCCGCGAAUGUAUUCGGCAAGCCAAAGACCAACACCGACUUCUUGCCCGUCACCGGAGAUGGAUUCAAGCUCUUGGUUCCAUCGAAAUGGAACCCCAGCAAAGAAAUCGAGUACCCUGGUCAGGUCCUGAGAUACGAAGAUAACUUCGACGCCAACAGCAACGUUGCUGUUAUGGUUACUCCGACUGAUAAGAAAUCCAUUACGGACUUCGGCGCGCCGGAGGAAUUCCUCUCUAAGGUGGACUAUUUGCUGGGGAAGCAAGCUUACUUUGGCAAAACUGAUUCCGAGGGUGGAUUUGACCCGGAUGUCGUAGCAACCGCAAAUAUAUUGGAGACAUCGACUCCGGUGGUCGGCGGGAAGCAAUAUUACUACCUCUCCGUUUUGACAAGGACGGCUGAUGGAGAUGAAGGUGGCAAGCACCAAAUAAUCACAGCCACUGUUUCUGACGGGAAGCUCUACAUAUGCAAGGCACAAGCUGGAGACAAGAGAUGGUUCAAGGGGGCAAGGAAGUUUGUUGAGGACACUGCAAAUUCAUUCAACGUUGCUUAAAGGUAGAAAUAUGGAUGUAAUUUGUAUUGCAUGUAAAUGCUACCAGAGUUGUAUUUUUAGUGCAAGAGAUGCUUGAUAUGAGGAUUUGGUUAGAGGAAAAACUUAUAUGAGAACAUUUGAAAAUCUGUUAGCAAUAAUGCCCCUUUAGCGAUUA